AUGAUAGGCAGAUCAGAAAGUGAUAGUGUUAUUUUGUUGCAGCAGGCCAAGAAGUACCGAGCUUGCUACUAUCGCACUCGAGUACUGGUCGGCGGACAGCUUGAGGAUCGGCAUUCAUUGCAAUGGCUGAUGAGACAGAAAGACCUGACAGGACGUUUAGCGAGAUGGUCGAUUCGUCUGCAGGGUUUCUCGUUCACGAUCAAGCAUCGCAGUGGAUCUCAAAAUGUGGUUGCAGACGCAUUGUCGCGUCGCGAAGAGGAAUUAAUUUCUGAGAUAAAUGAUGGAGGACCUGUGAUUGAUCUGGCUUCAAAGGAGUUUCAGUCAGAACAGUAUAAUGAAAUAAGGAAACAAAUUCAAAGUAACCAAUCACGCCUUCCUGAUCUCAGGGUCGUGGAUGAUUUUGUGUAUAAAAGGACCGAACCAGCCAAGGGAAAUUUAUUGCAGAACGAGGAGUCAUGGAAACUCUGGGUUCCCAUGAACCUUGUGGGCGAAGUUUUAGCCCGUGCACAUAACGCUCCCGAUAAUGCACAUAUCGGCAUGAGCAAGAUGAUCGAUAAGAUCAGACGGUAUCUAUUCUGGCCAGGAAUGAAUAUGAUAAUCAACGGGCGGGACUACGAGUUGCUUAGGAAUUUAAACGCAUUGACCGACGAUGUGGCAUUAAAACCAGCCGACAUGUUGCAAAUAGCGCGCCAACAGGCUAAAAAGAAGAUCUCGGAAUCUCAUUCAGCAAAUGCUAGGCACGCCACGCGCGGCCACCAUGAUCUAGGAUCACCCAAUCUGAUGGAAGGCGUUGAAGGCCGCUUCAUUACCUCACCAGCACGCGCCACGCGCGGCUUAUAUAAAUUAUCACUGACGAAACCCAGGAAUCAGCAGUUGACCAAGGAGGAACUUUUCUUCGAGCAGUCUCCGGACUAA